GUGAGGAAAUAGUCUGAGCAAUUUUUCCGAUUAAAAAGACUAAACUAAAUAUAAUGUAGAGUAGGAGGAAGACAUCAACCAAAUACUUGUGUUGUGGGAUAAUAUUCCCACAAACACUAAGGUGUAACUUACAAGUUAGAAUCAAUGUCAUCAAAACUUUAUCCAUAAUUUACCUCAGAACAGAACCUCCAGAGUACACUGUUAUACUGACAACACAACUCUUCAACUUGACUGUCUCAUGUCAUGUUCAUAGACACAGAUAUUUACUUUUGAGAGAUGAACUAAGGAUUUUGUGGCUGGCUUUUGCAGGUAAUCUAUGGUGUUUUUCUAUUUGUACGAAUUGUUUUGAAAAACACUCAUACUAUUCAGCAAAUGUCGGGGAGGAUUUGAGAAAUGUACCAAAGCAACUGAGAAAAACAAACUAGUCAGUAAAGCAGCCAAAGAGUAUGGUUUAAAGGCUUUACAGUGUGGUCUUUCUCCUUGGGAAUUACUAUUGUAUUUGUUGUAAAUCUAUGUUGAUAUAUUUAUGUUCAUGGGAAGCUUUACCUGUAGGGACUUAAGGGUUUCUGAGUGGGGGGAACCUGGGGCAGGUAUUGAGGGAUUUAGGCAGGAGUUCAAAGGGGUUGAAAAAAGAGUUACAGUUAUGAACAGUUUCUUCUCACGUCUCAUGUUUAUUUAAAAAUACAACUAAGAAAAAGAAGACUGCUAAACCCUAUGGCUAAACCUGCAACCACAGUAAGAAGCGGAACGUUAAUGUGACUGAGGUCUGCAGUCGGAACUUUAUAGUGUGACACUCAUCCGUUGCUCGGUCUUGUGUCAGUGCAGGUAAUUAUUUCCUCGGUAACCAAGCAACAAUGUCUUCAGUGGAGAAUUUGAGAGAGUUUGUCAACGAGCGACUAUCUGCUGCUGCUGAGGAAAUAUUCGGAGUUUUUAAAAGAACCGUCGUCGAGUAUCAGGAAAAGAUCGACCGGCAGCGCAGACUGUUGGAUGUUUUUUGGAAACCCGAAGUAAGGUUACACAGGAUAGAGCUCCCACAGUCACGUGUCUGUAAGGAGGAGGAGGAGGAGGAGGAGGAGGCUCCCUCUGACCAGGAGCUCUGUCUCCAGGAGAGGAAGCCCAGUGUGGACCAAGAGGACCCAUAUCCUCCACAGAUUAAAGAGGAACAGGAGGAACUCUGCAGCAGUCCAGAGGGAGAGCAGCUUGCACCGAAGCAGGAGGCCUUUACGUUGACUCCUACUUGUGACGAAAGAGGACACGUUGAAAGCACCACUGUAGUUGAACUAAACAAUGACCACCAGCUUUUCCCUCACAACUCUCAUGAAUCUGAUAGCCAAGAUCAGAAAGGAGUAAAACUUAGUUCAACAGCAAAUAAGGAGUCAGCUCCUCUGGGUGAGAAGCCGUUUUUGUGCAGAGAUUGUGGGAAAUACUUUCAACUUAAAAAGAGCUUGUUGGCCCACGUGAGUACAGCCCACAGAGUUGAUCAACCAUAUGUAUGCAACACCUGUGGGAGAAAAUUCAUUCAUAAAUCAGCAUUAAAGACUCAUAAAAGACUCCAUACUGGGGAGAAGCCAUAUUCCUGCAUCACCUGUGGAAAGUCAUUCAUCAAUAAAUCAUACUUGAAUAGUCAUAUGAUAAUCCAUAGUGAGGAGAAGCCAUAUUCCUGCAUCACUUGUGGAAAAACAUUUAAUCACAAUUCACAUUUGAAUCGUCAUAUAAGAAUCCAUACUGGGGAGAAGCCAUAUUCCUGCAGCAUCUGUGGGAAAACCUUCAAUGAGACAUCAAAUUUAAAUCGUCAUAUAAGAAUCCAUGUUCAGGAGAAGCCUUAUUCUUGCACCAUCUGUUGGAAAAGAUUCACUCACAAAUCACAGUUGGAGUCUCAUAUAACAAUCCAUAGUGAGGAGCCAUAUGCCUGCAUCAGCUGUGGAAAAACAUUCACUCAAAAAUCACAUUUGAAUUCUCAUAAAAAAAUCCAUAUUGGAGAGAAGCCACAUUCUUGCAUCACCUGUCAGAGAUCAUUCAUGCACAAAACACAUUUGGAGUCUCAUAUGAGAAUUCAUAGGAAAUAGCCAUAUUCUUGUAAAAAAUAUGUGAAAGAGGUUUCAGAAGUUCUAGUAACUACCUGUUUAAUCUUUACAUAAUUGUGUCACUUGUGCACAUCAAUGAAGCAGUUUAAUUUAUUUGAACAAGUUGCAAAUGACUACAUUUCUCCUCUGUUUACUACAUUAUUGCUUAUGUCAUGUUCUUUAUAAUGCAUUAUAAUGGAUCUCUGUUGAAUAGUAUCACCCUCAACACUUAGGCAGUAGUUCAUCGCAUAAAUCUUGUUGUCAUAUGCUAAGCAUAUUUCUAUGCACUAAGGCACAGAUUCUUUCCACGCUGCAUUGCAAGAGAAGAUAUUCGUUGUGAUGUGGAUGAAAAUCUGGCCCAACAGACAGGAAUGUCAUGAGGUGCAGGAAGACUGCAUUGUUAUUCCCACAGCAAUGAAUAUACAGCUUUCCUUAAGGAGAUUAUCUUCUGUUCACAUUUUACUUUUUUUCUUCCUUUAGUGACUUUUCCUUUUAAUAUCGCAAUAACAUGUCUUUAAAUAAA